AUGUCAUCAAUUGACCAAAAAAUUGGUGCAAAUCAUAACAUAUAUCGUGGACUUUAUCCGAUACGAGAAGUGAAACAAUAUUAUCGGAGAGAGUUUGUUAACGGAAAACCUCUGUAUAUCUGUUUGUGGGGCGACUGUGACUUCAAGACAUGGAAGUACUCACAACAUAUCGCAAGACAUAUUCAUUUGAAACACAUCGGUAUUAAAGAAUUGAAAUGCGAUGAAAAGGGAUGUGAAAAGACAUUUAAGAGACCGGAAAGUCUGGUUCAGCACCAGAAGAAUCAUUUGUGUGGCUUUGGUAUCGAUUCACUGAAGAUGAAAGACCCGAACAAUGUGUGCGGAGUUAAGAAUAUUAAGAAAUACUACUUCCGAGAGUUGGAUAACGACUACUAUGUAUUUGGAUGCAAAUGGACGGCCUGUGAGUUCGUGACCAAUAACUCGGGUAGUAUUAGAAGACAUGUUCACAAUCAGCAUAUAUGCCCGCAUUCUUUGGCCAAUAAUAAUAAUAAUACUACUGUGGAUAAAAUAUCUAUAACUUUAUCGAAAAAUACUCCAAUAAUUGAUUCAAACAAUAAUUACAAUGUGGAUCAACCAAUGGUUGAGAUGAUAGAACUGGAUCCACAAUCAAUCAUACCUAAGAUAAACAAUAAAAUUAAUUCAGUAAUUGAUGGAAAUGAUGACAACUUAUAUGACAAUCCGACCAAACCUAUUGAUAUAGAGGACGAUAUAGAGGCCAACGCUAUCUACAAGUCAACAACUGGUGGUUUAUAUUCUUUGAAGAAUUAUUCAGAUCUCUAUAGAAAAGUCAAAAUCGAUGGCGAAGUGUAUUUCAAAUGCAAUUGCAAUCAGUUUACCACAAAAAGUCAGAUAAGUCUUGUGCGACAUAUUUGGACAGACAUCGGACGCAAUGAGUUUGACUGUAAUGUCAACGAUUGUGACGCAAAGUUUGAUAACGAGUUUAGUCUUUAUAAACAUAAGAAAACUGAACAUAACUUUGAAUCAAAUAAUAGUAAUAUAACUUCAAACACAUGUCUCGAUAAAUAUAACGAUUCAAAACAAACUCACAAUUAUUUAACACAUAAAAGCAUUUCUGAUCCAUUAAAUGGAUUGUCAAGUGUUAUCAUUACACCGAUUCCUCGUAAUGUUAGCAUUACUCCCGUAUCACUUGUCAAUGGCCAACCAUUGCCGCAAUAUUAUGACACUUCUUAUAUAAGCAAAAGUGUCACUCAAUUGGUGCCAAACAACACACCUCUUGAAAAGUUUAGUCAUUAUUUUAUUAGAGUUUUAGUUAACAACGAUAUGAUAUAUGAAUGCAAAUGCGGAUACUAUUCAACAAAAUGCAGUCAUGAACUGAUCCAACACAUCCAAACAGAUCAUAAAGAGUUGUACGCAUUUGACUGUCAACAGUGCAGAUCUACUGUUAACCACAACUCUAAACAUUUAUUACCAGUAGUUCCCACUCAUACAUCCUUUCCAUCUAUUCCUCCAAAGCCAAUAAAUAGCAUAAUAUAUACAACUAAUAAAACAAUUAAUACUUAUGUGAAUAUAAGUGAUCACUUGGUUGUCAAUCAAACUCAAGUACCGGUAUUUUCUAACAAAACUUCUGUCAUUACAUCACGUUUUCAUACAAUUCCUUAA